CAGCGUGCCAUCACUACGGCGCCACUUGUGCAAACCGAAAUAAGCCAGCGGCCCCUAGUCCCCUACUAUUCAAUAAAGAAUCUAGCGCCUGCAGGUUUGAAUGCCAUGAAACUAAGCUCUGAUCUGCUCUUUUACUCUGGAGUUCCUUUUAUUGGAUCCUCAGUGAAAUGUGUUGUUUGAUCUAAGCAAAUUCAGGUUUUUUAUUUAUAUUUAUCUCUAUUGUCACUUAUUGUCCUUUCAUUUAGGAGAAGUAGCCCAUAUGUUAAUAUAGCACUUCGUUCAUCCAAACUUUUCCGGUGUGGGACAUUUAACACCCCUCCUCACGACCAGACACUUCGUCUGGAUCAUGCCAUCAUUCAUUUUUUUUCAUCGGUCCGUUUUUUUUUCAUCCGGUCGUAAUUGUCAUUUUUUUAUAAUCGUGUCAUCACGAUUCAUAAGGGACCCCACAUCAUGGAUCGAUUUGGCUCUGAUACCAUGUUAAGACCUGGGGUUCCAUCCUAAAAGGUCAACCUGUUAGAAGGAGUAGGCCAUGUGUUAAUAUAACACUUCGUUCAUCCAAACUUUUUCGGUGUGGGACAUUUAACAUUGAAAAAUGAAAACAGAGACUCGCAAAAAAACGGAAACAGAGAGGCGAUGAAAGUACCGUGAAGGUGGUUUUCAUGCUCAUGUAGAGAGUUUCCACCUUCUUUCUUGGAAGUUGCCAAGAGGCAUCUCACACCUUCUAGGAAGGAGCUAUCCAACAAAUGAACAUGGGAAGAGAUUUCUUGGAGAUAGCUAGGAAACUCCAUAGCAAUGGGAAUGGAAGCUUGGAUGCAACUUCCUCAUAUCUCCCAUAUGCACCUAUAAAUAGGGAGUGUAUUGUUGUUCAUUUGUAUCAGUUUAGAAAGUGAGAAAAGUGUGUGAAGAGUGAAAUAUACUUAGAGUAGAAGUGUAUUGGUGAGAAUUGGUUUUUUGUAAUAGUUGAGUGUGAGAGUUUGCUCCUCCUGUUGUAAUUCUGUUCUUGAUAUUGAAUAGAAGAAUUUUCCAAUCCCAACAAGUGGUAUCAGAGCGAGGUUGAGUUUUCAUACACUGUUUUCUCAUUUUCAGAUAAAUUUCUACAGGUUAGAAAAUCGUGAUUUUUCAAGUUGCUCGGAAUCACGAUCUGAUCAUACCGUUAGAUUCGUCUCGUCGAGACGAGAAAUCUGGUGUUUUUGGCGAAUUUUUUGCCACUGGAAGAGGCCGUACGCGCCGCCCAAACGCGCCGGAAAACUGCCUGCGUCAUCAUUGCAUCAUCACACAGUCCAAAGGAAGAAGACGAGCCACAUCAGCCGCCACGUCUGCGCCGCGUCAGCGCCACGUCAGCGCCGCGUCAGCGCCACGUCAGUCCAUGUAAGCGCUAUGUCAGCCGCCACGUCAUCCGUGUAAGCCAUCCUCUGGGUGCCGCGUCAGCGCCGCGUCAGUGCCACGUGGCGCCAUGUCAGCGCCAGCGCAGUCCAGCUGUUGCCACGUCAUCUGCCUGCUGGUCUGCCCACUGGUUUGCUGCUUGAACCGGACCGAACCGGUUCGAAGUUGUGGAGGCCGGUUCACCCAUUUCCAGACCGGUUUUGGUCGAGGUCAGACCGGUUCCUACAAUUUUCGGCCAUUCUGGAUCCAACGGUGAGCUCCGUUUGUCCAAAUUCGGCUCCGAAAAUAAGGUACGAGAUAUUUUGAGCGUUUUAUUAUGGAUAAAUCAUCAUCGGACACCAUGAUUGCGCUCACUUCCACAAAUUACAAUAUGUGGAAGCCUCGGAUGGAGGAUUUGCUAAAUUUGAGGGAUUUAGCCGAUCCUCUUGAUAAUAAUGGCGUGAAACCGGAUAAAAAGACGGAUGAAAAAUGGACAAAAAUGAAUAGAAAAAUUGUCGCACAAAUUCGACAGUGUGUUCCACCAUGUUGCACAAGAACAAAGUGCUUACACACUAUGGGAGAAGCUUGGUAGCAUGUAUCAAGCAAAAACCGCCCGAAAUAAGACCUUUCUAAUGAGGUGAUUAGUAAACCACAAGUUACGAGGAGGUAUUUCGUGUCAGAACACACCAGUCAAUUCCAGGAUCUUGUGAAUCAGUUGAGCACCACAGCAUGGGUUCUCAAAGAUGAAGAGCAGGCGAUACUACUCUUGAGCUCUCUACCUGACAGCUGGGAAACUCUUGUUGUCACUCUCAGCAAUUCUGCUCCCAAUGGCAAAGUGACUAUGCAGAUGGUCACAGAUGCCCUUAUGAACGAAGAAGCCCGAAGAAAAGAAGCCGGGACUGAACAAUCAUAUGCCUUCGUGUCAGAAACCAGCAGACGAGGGGGAGGCAGAAAUGGAGGAAGAAGUAGAGGUCGAGGUAGAGGCCAAGGUCAAAACAGAGGAAAUUCUCAAGUUCGCGGCCGAUCACAAGAACGAGGUAUGCCCUGUGAAAACAAUACUUGGUUUGAAGGAUAUUGCAACUAUUGUGGUAACUAUGGGCAUAGAAAAAGAGAUUGUAGAAAGUUUCUACGAGAGCAGCCACAGACGAGUCAAAAUACUAGCCAAGAAGAUGGUGAGACCAUGGUUAGUUUGUCAUCAGACGUGUGUCUUGUUACACAUGGUGAACAAGAACGUUUACACGUAGGUACUCAUGAUGUUGAGUGGGUGAUUGAUACAGCCGCAUCAUUUCACGCUACUCCACACCAGAACUUAUUCACAUCUUAUAAGUCAGGAGACUUUGGAGCUGUGAAGAUGGGAAACACGAGUUUCUCGAAGAUUGUUGGCAUUGGUGAUGUGCACAUAACAACCAAUGUCGGAUGCGCACUUUUGUUGAAAGAUGUUCGACAUGUUCCGGAUCUUAGAUUGAAUCUUAUCUCCGGUACAGCUCUGGAUCAGCAAGGAUAUCUUAACCGAUUCAAAGAAGGUACGUGGAAGUUAUCUAAAGGUUCCUUGGUUGUUGCAAGAGGCCAUAUUUGUGGUACUCUUUAUAAAACUCAUGCAAAGUUGUGUCAUCCAAGUCUUAAUGCUGUUGAAGAAGAGAUAUCACCAAACUUGUGGCACCGGAGGCUAGGCCACUUGAGCGUGAAGGGAUUGACAACUCUUGCAAAGAAGGAAGUCAUUUCUAUGGGCAAAGGUGUUGCCCUAGAUCCAUGCGAACACUGUCUAUUCGGGAAACAACACAGGGUUUCCUUCAGUUCUACCAGGAAGAACCAUUCAGAGUUACUCAGUCUUGUACACUCUGAUGUAUGCGGACCCAUUGAAGAGGAGUCACUUGGAGGAAGCAGAUAUUUCGUGACAUUCAUUGAUGAUGCAUCACGAAAGGUAUGGGCUUAUUGUUUGAAGAGUAAGGAUCAAGUGUUUGAUCGCUUCAAAUUAUUUCAUGCCAUGGUAGAAAGAGAAACAGGGAAGAAGCUGAAGUGCCUGCGUUCAGACAAUGGAGGAGAGUACACUUCUCGAGAGUUCUCAGCAUAUUGCGCCGCAUAUGGAAUCAGACAUGAGAAGACGGUACCACGAAGUCCGCAACACAAUGGUGUAGCCGAAAGAAUGAAUCGGACCAUUAUGGAGAAAGUUCGUUGCAUGCUGAAUAUGGCUAAACUACCUAAGCCAUUCUGGGGUGAAGCUGUGCUGACAGCUUGUUAUCUUAUAAACAGGUCACCUUCUGUUCCUUUAAACUUUGAAGUGCCAGAGAAGAAAUGGUCAAGAAGAGAUGUUUCUUACUCUCACUUAAAAGUGUUCGGGUGCAAGGCAUUUGCACAUGUGUCCAAGGAGUUGAGACAGAAGCUGGAUAUCAAGUCAAACCCAUGCAUCUUCAUCGGGUAUGGUGAUGAAGAAUUCGGAUACCGGUUGUGGGAUCCCGAAGUGAAGAAAGUUGUACGAAGCAGAGAUGUUGUAUUUCAUGAAAACGAGUUUCAUGGGUGUGCUCCAAUAAUCCGCCAACAACAUACUCCAGAAGACGAAGUGUCUGUAUCAUCAAACAUUCCUCUCAGCGACGAGGAGAUGCAUGAUACUACUGAACAAGAGAGUGAUGGUUCAGUAGGUGAUGAUGAUACUCACAGUGAUGAUAUUCCUCAGCAGGGGGAGCCUUCAUCUGAAGACGAAGCUGAAGGUACUCAUGUUUGACGUUCUAUGCGAGGCAUAGUUCCACAGAGAAAGUAUUCCACAUCUGAUUGGAUACUUGUUGCUAGCAAGGGGGAGCCAGCGAGGAUCGCAGGAAUGAGAGAAACAAAGAAAAAGGUGGAGGGGGAGAUUUGUAGAGAGUUUCCACCUUCUUUCUUGGAAGUUGCCAAGAGGCAUCUCACACCUUCUAGGAAGGAGCUAUCCAACAAAUGAACAUGGGAAGAGAUUUCUUGGAGAUAGCUAGGAAACUCCAUAGCAAUGGGAAUGGAAGC